AUGUUCUUCAAUCGAUUCAUCUCGACAGUGGCGUUCGUAGCUGGCUUAGCCAAUGCUCUCGCUCAGCUCGGUCCGGUUCAAGGUCUUGAUCGACGACAGGAAAAGUCUACACGUUGUGUAGUGCCUGUCAACGGUAACGGCUCUGAUGACACGCCCGCCAUCCUUGCUGCUUUUGACAAGUGCAAGACUGACGGACAUAUCAUCUUUGAGAACGUCACGUAUCACAUCGGCCAAGUCAUGAAAACUGUUGAUCUAAACAACGUCAAGAUUGAUAUCAAAGGGACUUUGCUAUGGAGCAAGAACACAACGUACUGGCUAGCGAAUUCUCUGCCAAUUGGCUACCAAAAUCAAACCGCCGCCUGGGUGCUUGGAGGAAAGCAUCUCGAUGUGAGCGGCUUUGGCUAUGGCACGUUUGAUGGAAAUGGCCAGACUUGGUAUGACUUGGUCAAGGGAGAGUCGAAUUACCCCAACCGACCUCAUGCUCUCUUGCUUGACGGGGCUGAAGACUCGGUCUUUGAGGGUCUUCGAUUUGUCCAGGCUCAAAUGUGGACGGUCACAAUCACGCGGUCCAAACGUGUUCUCCUUCAAGACAUCUAUGUCAACAACACAAGCUCCAACAGAAACCCGGCUCGUAAUACCGACGGGGCUAACACCAUGUUCUCGGAUAAUGUCCACUUUCGUCGCUGGAUAAUCAAAAAUGGAGACGACUGCAUCGCGGUCAAAGCUAACUCUACAAACAUUCUCAUUGAAAACGUGGAAUUCCACGACGGUCAGGGCGUUGCUAUUGGCAGCAUUGGGCAGUAUGCUGGCCGGUUUGAGGCCAUCGAGAACGUAACGGUCAGAAACGUCUUGGCCCAUGGAUCUCGAUAUGCCGGUCGCAUCAAGACGUGGACUGGUACGCAGCUCGGAUAUCCACCAAAUGGCGGUGGCGGUGGCCUAGGAUAUGCCAAGAAUCUCAGUUGGGAUAAUGUAACCAUUUACGACGCAGAACAGGCUCCCAUAUACGUGAUGCAAUGCAUCACCUACAACGGUCAGCAGGGCAAUUGCAGCUCGUCUUUGUUCGAUAUCUCCAACAUAAGCUUCACCAACUUCCGUGGCACACUCCAAGGAAGCCGCGUCGCCUACUUGCAAUGCAGUCGGGCUCACGGCGGAUGUGACGAUGUCCGGAUACAGAAUAUGAACUUCACCGACAUCAGUGUCGAUCCCCCGACUUCUGCGACAGGAUAUAGAUGCAGCAACGUGAAUGAACCUGAGGGAUUCAGUUGCUGA